AUGAAUCUCCUUCUUUCAGACGACUACCUCCUCCAGGAUUAUCCUGAGAGCAUGACCAGCACGAUCCGGUCCGGCCAUGCGACGAUGCUGAGGUUUAACCGCAAGGGCGACUACCUUGCCUCCGGACGAGUAGACGGAACCGUCGUUGUCUGGGAUCUGGAGACAAUGGGCGUCGCCCGAAAGAUGAGAGGGCAUAAUAAGAGCAUUACGUUCCUCAGCUGGUCAAAAUGUGGACGGUAUCUGCUCUCAACAUGCCAGGGCUGGAAAGCCAUACUUUGGGAUCUGGAGACUGGGCACCGACACCGAGAGGUGCGCUUUCGUGCCCCUGCCUACAUGGCUGAGCUCCAUCCCUGGAACCAUAACAUCUUUGUCGCGUCUCUAUUCGAAGAGCAGCCGCUACUCGUCGAUGUCUCGGAGCCAGUCGAUGUCAAGCGCGUUCUGCCAUCUGCACCAAAACGGUCCAAUACUGAGAAUGAUGCUGCUCUCAAAGAGAAGCAGGCAAAAGAAGAUGCAAAGCAGAUGACGACGUCUGCCAUUUGGACCGCAACGGGCGAUCACAUUAUCGCGGGGACAAGUAAAGGCAAACUGAACAUCAUCGAUGUCAAGACGCUCGAAAUCAUAUACUCGGAAAAAAUAUGCACAGGAGUCAUCACAACGAUGCGAAUAACGGGGUCAGGGCGAGAUCUACUUGUGAAUUCACAGGACCGCAUCAUCCGUACUUUUCGAAUACCCAAUCUUUCAGUCGAAGACCUCGACCCCGAUACAAUACAACUGCCCCUUGAACACAAAUUUCAAGACGUCGUGAACAAGCUGUCUUGGAAUCACGUCACAUUUAGCGCUACGGGCGAAUACGUGGCUGCAUCCACCUACAAUAAUCACGAGCUCUACGUUUGGGAGAGAAACCAUGGCAGCUUAGUCUGCAUGCUGAAAGAUCCGAAAGAGGAGCAAGGUGUUAUCGAGUGGCAUCCUUCUCGGCCCCUCUUGGCUGCCUGUGGCUUGGAGACGGGCCGCAUAUAUAUUUGGUCCGUCAUUAGUCCCCAGAAGUGGUCGGCGCUGGCGCCAGAUUUUGCCGAAGUCGAAGAGAAUGUAGAGUACACGGAACGAGAGGACGAGUUCGACAUAUAUGCACAAGAAGAGAUUCAUCGAAGGCGACUUGACGCCGAGGACGAGGAUGUGGAUGUCCUCGCGACUGAUCCCACGAAAGAGGGAGAUGGCCUGGAUAACUUUCGCAUGCCUAUUCUAUUCAACUUGGGCGAGAGCGAUAGCGAGGACGAGUUUGUUGCGGUUUCGACUGGAACUAUGCGGCGGAGGAGCCCUGGAGAAAGUCAAGCUGACUUGAGCGCCGGAGCAGAGUCGUCUGCCCCUGUGCGUAAGAAGGGAGGUGCUAGGGGAGGAAGAAGUAAAAAGAAGUAG